AUGGCGCCCACCUACCCUCCAUCCGGCGCUGCCAUCGAGUACCCCUCGCCUGCUGCUUCUCGUCGGGCUUCCGAGUGUUUCUCUGAAGCGAGCAUGAGCAGCAGCAGGAGAGGCAGCUUGCCUGGAUUUGCGUCGGACAUGGAGAGUACCGGGCAGUGGCAAUCUGUAGGCAGCGAAUCUAAGAGUCCUCUAGCACAAUUCGGAUUCUUCAAGAGUCUGACCGACAAGAAGACAACAAGGGAUGGCCAACCACCCAAGAGAAGAGGACCCAAGCCGGACAGCAAACCUGCUUUGACAAGACGACAAGAGCUGAACCGCCAGGCGCAGAGAACACACCGAGAGAGGAAGGAGCUCUACAUCAAAGCCCUCGAACAGGAGGUAAUCCGUCUCAAGGAUACCUUUGCUGCUACGACGAGGGAACGAGACGCUUUCGCAGACGAGAACCGACGACUGAGAGAGUUGCUCAUUGCACACGGCAUCUCCUUCGACCUCUCUAGCCCAGGAAGCAAUGGCAUGGGCCGCGUUGAUAGCUCCGCGUAUGGAAGCUCAACUGGCAGUAUAUCAGGCUACGGACCGGGUUCAGCGUCGACUGGUUACACAUCGCCACCGACACGCGGAUCCAGCUCCCAAGAUGGAAUGAACGGUCAACCCCUGACUCUUCAACAACAAGCCCAGCAGUCCGGUCACCAUCAGCAGCAUGCGAUGGACUAUGACCAGAUUGGCAUUGACUUCGUCUUAACGCUCGAGCGACCCUGCAUGGACCACAUGCAGUUUCUAAUGGUCCGCGCCAACGAGGCCGACGAAAACAUCAGCGGCCACGCGCUCAUGGCAACGGCACCUCCCGAUGCGCACAUUACGAAUUGUCCCGAGGAAAAGUAUCCACAUCAGAUGCCGGACGUCAAGAUGCCGGACUUGAUGAAACUACUCGAUCUCAGCAAUCGUCUGCCCCUUGAUGGGGAAAUUACGCCUAUCAUGGCCUGGGCGAAGAUCCUCCAAGACGAGUGCUUCAGGGAUCUUUCCAAAGAGGACAUUGAGCUCGUGAAGACGGAGCUCCUCGCCAAAGUCCGCUGCUACGGUUUUGGCGCAGUCCUCGAGGAGUUUGAAGUCAGCGACGCCCUGAUGACAGUUCUUGCUAGCAAAUAUUCCCAAGGUCCCACGCCUGCAUAA